AGGACAUGACCGGAAGCGGAAAUUCUACUUUGCCUUCGCAAACUUACACCGGGUAUAUUUCCAUUAAAGCGUUUAUUACCCUUGUUUGCCAACCUAGGUUACUAACACACUUAUCUUGUCUAAAUAUGGUGGUUGAAAUAGGCGUAGAGGGCUAUGACGCCUUCCAAAAAGUAGCAGAAGAAAAUAAAGGAAAAGUAGUCUUUGCUUUAUUUUGUGGUUCCAUUGACGCUAAUGGCCAAAGUUGGUGUCCGGAUUGUGUUGUUGCUGCUCCAGUGAUCAAUGCUAAUUUAAAAUAUGCCCCCAAAGACUCUGUACUGAUUCACUGUGGAGUUGGUGAUAGACAGUUUUGGAAGGACCAGAAUAAUGCCUUUAGGAAAGAUAAUAGAUUAGCACUGAAAUCUGUACCAACUUUAUUAAAACUUGGACAGCCCCAGAGAUUAGAAGAGGCCCAGUGUGCUAAACCCGAAAUGGUGAAAAUGUUAUUUGAGGAUGGUGAAUAAUACAAUGGUUAUGCAAUGGUCUGCAAUGGCCUGCCAAUAACAGACAUGUAUUGUAUAUAGCUUUAUACAAAGCACAAUAUUAAUUGUGAUAAAAUAAAAGAAUAUGCCCUUGUCAUUUAAAAGCAAUAAAUUUUAUAGCCUACAGAGAA